AUGACUACGGCUCUUCUCUUUCUAGCGGCGACGCUCGUCCGCAACGUCGCGACGCCGGUCGAUCCGGAAAGAACGGAAGCGUUCCGCUUUCUACGAGCGUACGGUUUUCUGAGGGAUGGCGGGAGAUCGCUGUCAUCCGAUAACGCGACGUCUCUGCGUCGCGCGCUGUCACUGUUUCAAGAAUAUUAUCAACUACCUGCGAGUUCGUCGUUGAGGUUCGCGCGCGACUCGCAACGUCCCGAUAUAUUGAUAUCGUAUCGAACGGGCGCUCAUACCUAUGCGAACGUCGAAAACGGCGACGUCUGCCCGGCGGCCUUCGAAGGUCCGGGCGGGGGCCUAGCUCAUGCGUUUCUCCCCGGAGCGGUCGACUUCGCCUCGGAGGUGCACGUCGACGAUGAGGUGCCGUGGCAUGUGCUUCUGAACAAGAAUCCCUCCGACAAAUACCAUCUGCUGCUAACGCUAACUCACGAGAUCGGUCACACCUUAGGUCUGCAGCACAGCAUGCGUAACGACUCGGUGAUGUUUCCGUAUAUACCCGACAACGAGCUUCAAUAUCCGGUUAAACUAAGCGUAGAGGAUAUCCUCGCUGUACAGAAUCUGUACGGAUCUCACGACGACGGAGAUCGGCCCGCGAUUCCCGCGACCACCGCGGCGCCCACUACCACCGUAGCGCCGACGACCGGCGUCGCGCCGACCGAUCCGUCACGCGAAGAUCUUUGCGCUUUACGGCGCCUAGACGCGGCCUUAAUAAUGAAUCGACGUUUGUACGUAUCUAACCGACGCAACGUAUGGUCGAUCGACCUAACCGAGAAACGCUACGGUAGACCUAUGACGCUAACGAAAUAUGCGACGUUUCUUCCGAACAACUUCACGCGUCUAUCCGCCGCGUAUCAAAGACCCUCGAGCGAUCUCGCUCUAUUCGCGAACGACGCGAUCUAUCUCGCGGAAUAUCCCAGUUUUAGGUUGAAACCUAAUUGGCCUAGAUCCCUUCACAGUAUCGGAUUUUCUCGAAACGCUAAGAUCAACGCCGCGAUAAACACGCACUCGAGGCGAACCUACGCUAUCUACGACGACGACAAAGUAGCGGAGAUCGACGAGUGCCGCAUACUAGUCGUUAAACACGCUCCGUUAAAAGAUAUAUUUCCCGGAAUACCAUCCGCGAUAACGUCGGCCUUUCGAUACAUCGAUGGUAAUCUUUACUUCUUCGCUAAACGUCAAUUUUACGCGUUUAACGAAUUUAAGAAUAUCGUUACCUCGGCGGGUCCCUUCGACCUGCGCGUUCUCGGUAUAGAGUGCCCCACGGACGGGCUAUUACGACAAUUACGGGAUCUCCUCAGUCGCGUCUAUCGCCUCGACGACUCGACCGAGAACGCCGACGAGGACGACGAAAGCGACUUCCCGUAA